CAUCUCGCAACAAAUACAGUCGUAUGAAGGGCGCAUUCCAGUGGCCUACAGCAACUUGUGAACACACCAUGGUUGACUGGCGGAUGAAGCUGAAUAACUACCUGCAAAUGACGAAAAGUACAAAUGUCUUAAAUUGGGAGAUAAAUCGUGAGGGAUCAAGGCGCUCGAUGACGUGGACAGCAGUCCUGUACAUCGGUCGCGAGGAGUACGGACGAGGAAUGGCCGCUGGAAAAGGCGGAGCGAUGGAGUUAGCUGCUGAACAAGCGCUUCGGACUCUUCGUAGCUAAGCAUCCUACCUUGUUGUGCCGUUCAUACAAUUGCCGCCAAGGUCCGAGCGGAUAAAUGGAUCUGGUGGAACAUCAAACUGACUUGUCUUCUGUAUUAAUCCAAAGAAAUUCAAUUUUGUUCAAGGGAUGCC